AUGUCAGCGUGGAGGCAUAUUUAUUAUGUACGGAGGAGCGAGGCGGCUGCUGUCCUGGACCAGGAACCCUGUCAUCAAGCGGCCAUAUUUAGUAAAAGAAAAAGUAUAUUUAACUUCGGGACCUGCAGCGAGCGCAAAACUUUCGCUAACAAAACGGUACCAAGCAGGCUCGGAAUUUUAUAUCCAAUCAGAAAUGAGUACCCAAACUUGGGUCCUGGUACCUACAACAUGGAGCCUACAAUCUGUAUAACAGAUGUUGUAAUACGAAGCGCUGGUCUACGUCGCAACGUGAAAGCCGAGGAACGAUGGACCCAAAGUGUCUCAAACAACGCCGUCCACUUCAUAAAUAAUCAAACUAUCUGCCUUAAGUCAGGCAACUACCUGCGGUUUUCUUCCACAAAUGGGGAUUCUCUAGAAUAUCAUUACAAUGGUGCCAAUGAGACUGUUUUAGCUACGCAUCCUAUUCAUCCUGUGCUUGCUCUUGCUGAAACAAACAUAAGCGCUGGAAAAGUAGUUCUAAUCUACUUUCCAGACUUUCAGACAAAAUUCAUUGGCAGAGCAAGAAACACUCAAGUCCUCCACCUGACCUUUUCGCAUCAAAAUCUUCUAGCGUGUAUCACUUCAAUAAGGGAAAACACCCUUGCUAUAUGGAACUACGUGAAGGCUGAGCUACUUAUAGAAGCACAGUUAAACUUUGUUUGCCCGGAUAUUUUUGGAUUUUGUCCCAUAAAUGAAAACAAAAUCGUUGGUGCUACUGAGAGGCAUAUUUACGCUUGGACGCUGGAAUCAUAUGGAGAAAAUCACCACCUAUCUUGCAGUGAAACUGCUGUUCCCCGUACUGAUGCACGCAUCGGAUUUUACGAAGACCCGCAAGAUAACUUACCCCUUGAGCUGAUUGAACAGGAGGAAAAUCCCACCAUCUACCAACCUAUGAGAGAGGUUGUUUCGGGUGUACUAAGGGAGGCCCACGAUGAACUACAAAAUUAUAAGGACAAUGCAAAACGCAUGAAGUCCAUAAGCCUUACAUGGACCAAAGAAGGCUUUGCCGUGUUUGGAUGUAGAGAUGGAAAUCUAUUCAUGGUUGAUCUUGAUUCCAUGGCAACUGGGGUUAUUUUCAGCCCAAAUUCACUAAGUGCUGAUGUUGCGAAUAAGGAACAAGAAGCAAAGGAAGCAAGCAUGGUGCUAAAGGCAGGUGAUGUGGACAACUUAAUAUAUACAAUGGAUGGAAUCUUGUGUGGCGGUGCGGAUGGUCGACUGAGGUAUCUGGACUGGUCAAAAACUAGGAAUGCUGACCUUCCACCAGUUGGUCUAGUGGCACCAACCUCUCUGGCUAAUCAAAAUCUCUCUUCAAGUUUUCUUAGCACUAUUCAGCAAAUCGCUUUGUCAAAAAUGAAUUUUUUGGAUGAAGAAGUAUUUGCAACUCUUAAAAGUGACCACAAUAGUAUCGUCCACAUAUCCGCAUGUCCAAACUACCAGAACUUUGCAAUUCUUCGCAAAUCAGGUCUGGUUCAAGUUUUUCAGCAGAACUUUAACACUGAACCUAUUCCCAAUUUCUCAUUUAAAUCGGUAAAGGAGAUGAGAACAAACGUUUCGUCUUUUACCGGAAUAUGUGGGAUAAAUAUUGAAGAUGAUCCCUACUUCGUGACUUGUAACGCAAACGGACAAGUUGUUCUUUGGCGUGCUGAGACAGGAGAACAAACCUGUUGCUUAGAAUUCGCCAGCGCCGCCACUUGUAUGAAGGCUAUUCCUGGGCUGCCGCUGACUGCAAUCGGACUCCAAAGUGGUGUGCUCUAUGUUGUCUACUGGGUGGAUCGCUGUACGCCUCGAAUCAUGCCAGCACACCAGAUCUUCCAAUCAGCCAUUGAGGACAUCUACGUGGAUGAAAAAGGAGACGUGUUGCUUGUCACGGGAUCAGAACCAAAUAUCUACGUUAUCUCCUGUGAACCACGGAAGGAAUUUCAACCCAUCGGUUAUAUAACCCAUGAGAAUAAGAUUGAUUCAAUCGCUUUUGCAAGAGUACACGGUGACAAGAUUUAUUGCAUCAUACUGGAUAAGAGGAAGAAGUCGGACAGAUACACGACUGCGACGUUCUUUACGCUUACAGAUGAAAUAUUAGACGAUCCUACAGGUCACAUUUAUCAGAACUCCUACCAACUUCGUGAUGAGUCGCUCUCCAUGAUGUCCUUCAAGAUACUCCUCAACAUCUCGAGUGCCUAUUUGACUGUAACAGAUCCCAAUAAGAAAAAGAACCUAUCGGCAGAUGAGUCGGCCUCGAUGAACUCAUACAAGACACCCAAAGAAGAAGCGGAGAAUCCUGAGAAUGAGGAACUUAAAGAGGAGGCAAAGACAACACCUAAGAUCAUUCUUUACUCUCUCACCAAGGGCACGAAUAACAGUUGUGUUUUGGUGAUGAUAGAUUUGAGCAAAGAGAUUGCCGAUCAGACCUCAGCCUACCGUCAGUUCACAAGAUCAGCCCAGCAUCAGAGACGGACCUACUCAAUCACGCGUGAUUUCUCCAGCAGACUGCAACCUUUCCUACAAGCACGCUCAAAUGAUCGUCGUUCCAUUCUUGGCUCGGCCUCCUUCGAAGCACUCAGUUAUCGUGUACCCCGUCCAAGCAUCAACUUUCAACUCAGUCGUUUACGUAGAGAGGAUAAGAGAGACAAAAAGCCCAAGAAAGAGGUCUAUUGUGUUCCUGUUGAUAGCGUUCUUACAAAACCAACUGUCACUGGUGUGGAUACAUUUUUGCUGACAAACAUCACUUUCUUCUACUCCUCUGUGAGCUUAUGUACUACUCACGUGCCUGGAAUCAUUAUCGCCACAACACAAGGAGGCGUGUUCUACGUUUUGAAAGUGGAUGACUUGUCGGCGUCUGUGAUAGGAUAUUUUCCACUUGUCGAGAGUACCAGCGAUCCAAUUGAAGUUGCAGUAACAAGAGAUUUUGGCAUUCUCGCAGCCGUUAAACGAGACGGUGGAUACUGCGCGAUGAAUUUGAGUGACAAGAUUCCUCCAAUUGAUGAAGCAGACCUCCUAGCGCUCGAAAGAGACGCGGAAACAAAGCGCACUGCACUGAUGAUACACGAAUCUUGGGAAGUAAACAGCAGCAAUGACAGGUCACCUAACGAUUCCUUAGUGAAAAACAACUUGGCAAUUGGCACUGAUGAGGAGUUUAAAGUCUACAAAAUUGAUCAGAAGGUUUCUCCCGUGACAUGGAUAGAGAAGCAAUACCAAAAACAACAUGCCAAAGACGUGGAGGCUAUGAAAGGCACCAAAACUAGAAUAAUUGAGGAGUUUAGUCAAAUCAAGAAAGAGCUUGAAAAAAUGGCAGAAAUGAAUGAUGGGCUAACGGAUUUGGAAAAAGUGGCAAUUACCGAGUUUGAAUUGGAUUCAGAGGAAAGGAACGCAAUACUUGAGGAGACAAACAACAUGCUGCAGAAGAAACGUGCUGAAAUAGAACAUGAGGACCUUAUCAAGGACUUUACUCACAGUGUCAUAAAAUCGCGGUGUUGGGAGAUGCAAGAAGUUAAGGGCCGAAGCCUUCUAGCCUACGAUCUUCCCAUAGAAGUGUCAAACUAUCCACUUUGCCCGAGAACACAGGAAGAAAAUCGGCUUAUAGAUCAAGCUAAAAGUCGCAGGCGCGUCGAAAUUGCCGUUGGUGAAUUUUACAGAAAGGAGAAUGAAAAAAUUUACAAGAAAACUUCUUCAUCAGAGAGCGAAAAAGGCAGCUCGGAAGAAAUGGUGGAAGAUGAGGUAACUUCCGAAAGCGCCGAAGAUCACCUUGGCUCUGCUGCCACCAGAUUCGGGAUAUCUACUAAACUACUCUACAAUCAAAUGGAACUGUUCACAAAUGAUCAAAAACUUACACAAGCUGUUCUCAUCCAGGACCUGAUUCGGAAAAUGCGGUCAAGAUUUAACGCUGAAUUCGAUGAAUGCCUUGCACGUAAACGGCAAUACAUCGAAGGGAUCCGAAAGCGAGUGGAGCGCAUCAAUGAAAUCAUUCCCAAACUGGAUCCCAACGCUCCUUUGCUCUCAAUGAGACAGUACGAAUUACAACCAGUGGAGGAGGCUGAGAAACUGCUAGAAUGCACGGAUGAGGAAGUGGACGUGAAAAGGUACCGUUCACCCGAAGAAAUCGCGGAGAUGGAGGCUGUUGCACGACUGGAAGCGGAACGACUUAGGCAGGAGCAGUUGGACAAUUGGCGUGAACGCGGUCUUGAAGACAUGAUGGGUGGCGUGCUAGAGGUGCGACGAGAGGAUGAAUUGAAGAAGGACAUCCCGACGCCUGCAGCGGUGAAGGCUGGCAAACAGGAGCAUGAAAUGAAUGCUGAGGAGAAGAAAAUUUAUAGGAGUUAUCUUCAGGCCUGCAAAGAGUUGGAAGAGGAACGCGAGAAAUAUCGAAAGUACUUAGAAGCUGAGAUGAACAAAAACGAGGCAUCUAUUGAGGAGACGAAAUUGACAAUAAACAAGGAUGUGGUAAAUCUAUUCCACACCUACCUUAGGUAUGAAAUUGGCAUUGAGAUGGAGGAGCUGAAAGUCAGAAAGCUGCGUGCUUCAAUUCUACAAGCCAGAGAGCUAGAAAAUGAGGCAAAGUUGUAUAGUCAGACAAAGACACACAUUGAAUCAAAAGUUUCAAAACUCAACAGCAUCAUUCAGCAGGCAAAGGAGUUAAUAGAAAGGCUUCAAGAGGAUGUUGAACUAAUCACGGUGGAGGAUAGGAUGAUGGAUAAGAGUUUUCGCAAGGAGUUUCAUGAUAUUCAUGGUCCCGCGUAUGACAUUAUUUACAAGGCUUUUAAAAGAAGACCCAAGCGACUGGCAGUGGAGAUUCGAUCGGGAAUGGAAGAGGAAGAGAGAGAGGACGGGAAGGAAGAAAGUAGGAAGAAAAUGUCCAGUCUUCUUACCCAGGCAAGCUUGAGUGGGAACAGGAAUCCCUACACGGAAGCGCUGACCCAGAGGCGUUCCCUUGAGGCCGAGUGGGCGGCCGUUCAACGCGCCUUGAGUGAAUACGAUGAGAUCAACAAAAUGGCUGAGUUCAACAUCGACCCUGCCAUUUGGGAACGACUCAGCAAAGCACGGCUUAAGAAAGUUACUAAAGAAAUGGAACUGAAGAAUGCAACUUACCAUCUCAAUAGCACUACGACCUUCCUACAACGUCGUGAGAAGGAACUGGCGGAUGCAAUGCAAGAACUUGAUGAGGUGGAAAUGGCACGGAGUGAAUUGAAGGCUAAGAUCUAUCGAAUGAUGGCAAACGUGGACAUCAACAUACUCAUGCCGCAGGGUCAGGUGGAAAUCGAGGUAAAACCAGGACGUCUGGUCGAAGACUUCAACACCUGCCUCCUCAUCAAUCGCAAACAAAUUGAAGAUCUUAAUGCACAGGUCGUCCAACUUAGCAACGAGAAAAUUAACCACAUGGAACUCAUCAAGUCAUAUAAAAGGCGUUUCAAGAUGCUUGAGUGGUGGGUUUAUCUUUUCUUAAUUCUUCAAACUGAACUGUACGCCUGUGUGGACCUAAGGGAAAUGCUGAUGCGCUACGAGGACCUUGUGGAUAGAAAAAAGCAAAUAACCAACUUCACUAUCACCAGGGAGAUACAACGGUACUUACAAAAUCCUGACUAUGAGAACCUUGUAUCAACUGAACUCACUAAUUCGGAGCACACGUAUGCGCAAUUGAAGGCAAAUCACGGAAAACACAUUGAUAAAAUUGAGAAACGGAUAAAAUAUUUUAAAGAAAAGCAGGUAAGAAAGAUAAAGAAGCGGAAUGAAAAACUACUUCUCAAUCUUGAGCAAAUGAACAUCAGUGUUUUGGAGGCGAGACAAGUCUACGAACAGACACCUUACGCGACCAGCGACGUGCUUCGCGCAGAAGCCUGUUACAAUUCCUUGCUGAGAAGGGCAAAUUUGGAUAAGUUAGCUCUACAGCAGACUCGUGAACUCCAGUCCCUUCGCAAUGAACUGAAGCAGCUUCACAAGACGAACUUUCCAGCAAUCCCUUAUUAA